AUGUCCAGCACACUGAAAUGGUUUUCAAGGAAUGCAGGCGUGCAAGUGCAUAAUGCUCUUAGCGUGAAAGAGUCGUCAGUUGAUGACCCUAGCUCUGGAUUGGGGUUGUUUGUAGAUAGAACAAAGAUUGAUAGAGAGGAAAUGGAUGGAAUGAAGGAUAUUGAACUGUUGAGAAUAGCAAAGACGGCCACAAUAAGUACUUACCGCAUCAACAGUAUAUUGAAGGAUAGUUCGCAAUAUUCCUGUAAGCAAGCAUGUCAGCGAACGCAAGAAAGAAUGAAAAAAGCCAUUAGAGACUUCUUAAGUCUGAAAUUUUUAACUGCUAUUACUACAGAAUCAGUUGUGUUAGUUGUAGAGCUUUUAAUUCUACAUUCUUUGAAAGGAGAAUACGAAAUCCCCCGCACUUUGGAUUAUUAUAUUGAAACCGUACUGCUAGAGACAAAAGUCAACAGCAUUUUAUUAUGUGACCAAAAGAGUCUAAGUAUAUAUGAACAUCUAUUCCCAUGUAAGCUUUUUGGAAGUAUUUUUGAGGUGGUAGACUCUUUCUUAGCAAAAUAUAUUCCUGAGAAGAGUUGCUCGCUCAUGACAAUACAGCAAAUGUUUGCAGCUGUUCAGUCGAGAACCUUGGAAAUUCCGAAGCAGGUAAGUGCAGAUAGUGAGGACUUUACGGUUGAAACAACCUUAGUACCUGUACUGGAUUUCGCCAAUCAUGAUAAUUCUCUCCAAAAUGCACACUUUGACGUAGAUCGUGAAACACAAGACGUCCUUUUACUUUUGGAGCUUCCCAAAUGUGAUAGACUGUCAGACAAUGAAGAAUUCGAAGUGUUUAUUAGUUACUCCCCUGCUGAAGAUCUAAUGCAUUUUUGUGGUACAUAUGGAUUUGCACCUCAAACGAAUAAUGCAACGCAAUAUUUUAAUAUGUCGCUCCAUCGAAGCUAUCUGAAAAAUCAUGCACACUUGAAUGUGAACCUGAGACUUUUUUACAAGUGGCUGGCCAUAAAUCCAGUGAUACAGUUAAUUAAGCAUGAAGAAAAAUGGUAUAUCAAUGACACUGGUGAUGAAUUUGCCUCCUUGCUUUUGCCAUUUAUAAGCUUGGGACAUGGGCUAGGGAAAAGUUGCUGGGAGUAUGAUUCACACAGUUAUAGAACUUUUGCAUUCUUUCGCAUGUCUCAAGAUGAACACAGCCACGAUCACCAAGCUCUGUUGAAUAUAUAUGCAAAAAAAGUUAUUCAGAUGGAGAACGAUAAUCAGGACUACAUUGAUUUACCACAGUUAGCAUGGACAAUGAGGUUCAAGAAUGACGAUGGGGCGUUGCUCCAUGGGAGAUUAACGGCACAAGAAGCGUUGGAAGUAGCGCCUUUCCACGAACCAGAGAUUUUUGGCGACGCAAUUUCUUCCUUUUCGAACUAUUUCAUAACAUAUCUUGAAUGGAGGCUUAAUGUACUACGUGAGGCAAGAAAUGAGCAUGGAACGGAAUCUCCAAUACUGCAUGUGCUUGAAAACGAGAUAUCAAUAGCUGAAAGCAUAAUAAAAGACAAAAUUCCAUUAUUUUGGACAGAUUUAGAACCCGAAGCGCAGGCCAUGCCCUUCUCUUAUCCUUUACCCGCAUUACAUAUCACGCAUGAGCUAUCUCCGCUAACCAAGGAAACUCCUAUGAUCCCUGACUUUGCCUCAUUGGCAUUGAAUGAUUUUGAUCCAUCAAAACAAACAGACUUCUUGGUGGAGGAAUUAGAGAAGUAUAAGAGCUUCGUGUAUUGA